AUGCCAUUUCUUUCGCUUCUCACCGAUGACGCUGUACAGUGGAACAGAGAUCUAGUGCGGGAAUUCCAGGCCGCCUUGGAAGACAACCCAGCUGCGGAUCUAAUGUCAAUAUUCCCCGAUUUCUAUCGUCAUGAACAUCGAAAUGCUCAGUAUCGCCAGCUAUCUUAUGCUGCAAAAUUUAAUCUUCGAACUUUAGAUGAGCUAUACGACAAACUAAGAGAUGAACCGGAAGUCAACUUGCUAUCUGCAUUUCCGAAGAAUUAUAAUCGAAAGAUUACAAUAGCGACUGGACCCAAGGUAACACCGCGUGCCGAAAAAGAUUCUCCUGAGGAUAACGGCCCCGAGUUCAGGACACGCCUUGAACUUGCUCAGACUGCUACGAUUAUCUCUCCGUUAUCGGAGGAAGUGAACGACUUGCUUGCGCAAUAUUCAGGAAAUGGCUUGAACAAGUCGAAUGACUUAAAAGAGAAUGCUCUCGUGCUAUCCUUGAAACAGCUACUUUGGGAUUCGCUGAAGCUCUGGGAAAAUCCGGUUAGGGGCAUUGUGGUCAAGUGUAGCAACGAAAUUGUUGCCAAGGUCAUUUCGGGAAAUACGGAUUACACCGAGUAUACAAGCAUUGAAUACCUUGCGAGAAAGGCACCGGAUAUACCUGCUCCGAGACCACAUGGCCUGAUCGCCUUUGGCCCUUUUCGCGUGAUGUUUAUGUCAUACAUUCCAGACAUGACACUGACUGAAGCAUGGCCCAGUCUGUCAAAUAGGGAGAAGUUAUCUAUACAACACCAGUUGGAUGGUAUUUUCUGCCGACUGAGGGAUAUUCGACAAGAUGACAGCAAUGUGCUUGGAGGGAUAUGUGGUGAAGGUGUUAAAGAACUCCGGGUAGAUGAAUGUGCCUUGUUCACAGGCAUUACCACAAUCACACAGUUCAACGAACUGCAAUUUUCCGCGGUCCACCAUGGCAGCGCCACCUACGUGAAGUUUCUUCGUUCCUUUCUAAAACAUGACAAUUCCUCCACUUUGACGCACGAGUCAGUUUUCACUCAUGGUGAUGUGAGGACUGACAAUAUUAUGGUGAAGAAGGAUCCCAAUACCGAUGAUUAUCUUGUUACUGGAAUGAUCGAUUGGGAGGACAGUGGCUUUUACCCUGCAUGGCAUGAAUGCACCGUAUUGACACGUACCCUAAGCCUCGUCGAUGAUGAUGACUGGUAUCUUUAUUUGCCGGAAAGUAUCUCACCUUUGAACUAUCCUGUGCGUUGGCUGGUUGACCGCUUGUGGGCAAUUCAUCUCAAGACCACGUGA